CUACGACUUUGAUCAUCAAGUCCUUGUCCUCAACAUCCACGGCGACGGGCUCGCCAUCUGUUUUAACAACGGAAGCCACGACGUCGGCCAUUUAUUAUGGCCAGGAAAUGGUUCUCUACUGGGACUUCGCAGGUCCAGUCACCGAGGGACAAUCCCAAAGCUGCAGCUAUACCUCUAAUAACAUCUGCAGAUGCGAAGAAAUUUGGCCUAGAGAAUUUUGGGAAUACCUGCUAUGCCAACUCUGUCAUACAAGCACUAUAUUUCUGUUCACCGUUCAGAAACUUAUUAUUACAAUACUUGGAUCCUUCAGCACCUCAAGUCAGCGUCGAGCAACUCACCAACGGCAAUCUAGUACCGCCGUCACCAAUAUGCGCCCCGCGAAAGCCCGAACGAAAGGCUUCUAUCUCAGGCGCUCCAGGAAGCACAAUACCCCCCAAUACGACCCCAAGCAAUGCAGUAAUAUCGAUACCGUCCUCACCACCCUCCCUAUUCUCCGCACUCCGUUCUCUGUUCGUAUACAUAUCAACUCAUCCCUCCGACAAGGGUACAGUCGCACCCCGUGCUUUCAUCGACAAACUCAAGGAUUUGAACGAAUCAUUUCGUUCGACUAUGCAUCAGGAUGCCCAUGAAUUCUUCAACUAUCUUCUCAACCAGGUUGUGGAGGAAAUACAGGCAGACGGACAGCAGAAUAGUUCCUCGUCCGUAGAAGAUUUGGCUAACUCCAUCGCUACACUCGCAUCGAAAGGAGCUCCAACUACCGCCAGUGGAAAUUCGGGUACACCGCCCGAGAUUGCCACACUAGUCCAUAAACUGUUCGAAGGUACACUGUCGAGCGAAACCCGAUGCCUCACUUGUGAAACUGUUUCGUCCCGGGACGAGUCGUUUCUCGACCUCUCGAUCGACAUCGAGCAAAAUUCUAGUGUUACUGCGUGCCUACGCCAAUUUAGUGCCAGCGAAAUGCUGUGCCACAAGAAUAAAUUCUUCUGUGACUCUUGCUGUGACUUGCAAGAAGCCGAAAGACGGAUGAAGAUAAAAAAGCUACCAAACGUUCUUGCUCUUCAUCUCAAACGGUUCAAGUACCAGGAGGAUGUCAAGAAAUACAUCAAACUCGCGUACCGGGUUGCAUUCCCCCUUCAGUUGCGGCUUUUCAAUACGGUAGAUGAUACCGAUGACGCAGAUAGAUUGUACAACCUCUUCGCCAUCGUUAUACAUAUAGGAAGUGGCCCUCACCACGGACACUAUAUUUCCAUCAUCAAAACUCUUGGUUCCUGGCUUGUGUUCGAUGAUGACCACGUGCACCCUAUUUCAGAAAGCGAUAUCCCAAAAUACUACGGCGAAAACAAUGCGGGAUCUGCGUACGUACUUUACUACGAAGCCGCAGAUAUCGAUCCUCCGGCAUUGGGUAUACGUACUCCUCCCGUUGCUUUGUCUACUACUUCCGUAUAUCCCACCUCGGAGGCGAUACCUACCGUCCCGUCACCCCAGGCACCCACACCUGUGCUACCUCCGGGCCUUACGGAAGAAGGCGACUCAUCCGACCUUAGUGACCCUUCGUUCCCAAUAACGCCAUCCCAAUCUAACUCUCCACUACUACCGCCAGAAUAUGAGAACUCACCACCUCCCAAGGUUGAUGAACCUGUGACUCAACCUACGACUUCCGACAUCCCGAACCAUCCAAGUGGGCGCGGUAGACCACCCUUUUCGCCAGUGCGAAGGAGAUCAUCCAUUCGACCAACGACAGCAGGCGAUCUGGAGUCGGAACGCUCCGAUCCCGACAUAUUGACCGAUUUAGUCCCAACGUUGCACGCUGGAGAUGGUCGAAGUGAGUCAUCGGCACCCAGUACAAGCGGUCAUGAGGAUGGAUUGACCUCAUCGACGCCACCCCUGAUACCACCGGAGAACAAGGAGAAGGAGAAGGAGAAAGAGAAAUCGCCGCACAGGAAGACUAGUGGAUGGUUUAGACGCAGGAGUCUUCGAGUAGAGCGCCCAAGUACUGGUCAUGGGCCCGAGUUGAUUCCAGCUUCACCAAACCUGAAACACGCGGAUGAACAGUCACCAGCUCAAACAUCCUCCACGUCGUCGUCGAAUGGGUCAUCCUCAACAUGGUAUAAACACAAUCAAACGACCCAGGAGAACAAGACGCGUAAAGACGGUACAGGGCUUUUCCGUAGUCCACGCCCGAAAUCGAGCGCCGGUGGACUCACUGUCAGGCCUCCCAGAGACCGGCAUUCACUUCAUGAACAUUCUGACACCCUUCCUUCAGCGACAUCUUCCACAGGGUCUACUCAAUCUAUGUCCUCUGGUCUAUUUUCAACGCAUCAUAAUCAAAUAUUGGAUCUCCCGCCCCCCAGAAAGUCGUCAUUGGCUAAUAUCCCGCCCAUCGCAACGUCUUCCUUACCGCCCACCUUACCCCCAUCACCACAAACGCCGACAUCCAAAUCAUCAAGAUCUCCGGAGCGCAAACUAUCUUUCCCUCAUUUAACCAAUAAAAGGACACAUCGGAAAACAUCCAUUGACCAUCCUCGCCCUUCAACCGCUCCCGGUAUACCGGCAGAGGGUUUGUUAUCGCAGUCCAGACCAUUACCUCCACUUCCGCCGCUACCGCCACCCGAUGUAGUCGCUGCAAGUCCCAUUCUCAACGGCAAUGCACACCCGUGGUUCGCCACGAAGGAAGAUAGCACCCCUCGACCUCUCACUUCGGUGCCUAGAAUAAUGACCUCCGACUUUCCCGUAGCCUCACCUGGAUUGCACACAUUUGCAGGUCAAAACAGUUCAGGGAGCACUGCGAGUAGCAGUAGUAGUAGCGCAGCAGCUAAUUUUAAGCGUGCCACCCGGAAGCUGAGUAUAUCGUCUCCGAUACUUGGCAGUUUUGGGUUUGGGAAGAAGGAGAAGGAAAGAAAGGAAAAGGAGAGAUCACAGGCACCGACAUCUUUCCCAUUUCAAAUCGCAUAACGCGAUUUCUACACUAGAUGGGUUCUUUGUUUAUUCGCUCACUGUUUCACGUUCUUUUUUCUUUCUCUACCUUACCUAGGUCUUUCUAUCCGUUUCGCGUGUGUAAGGAGCGGAAAGGUCUUCAAGUAUCAAGCGUCAUUUUUAUAUUUUUAUAUUCAUAACAGCAUCAACUUGCUCGACGCACAAUCUGUAUCUUGUUCUUCCACUGUUUUUUUUCCCUCGUUCAUGCUAUAGCUACGGUGUACAGUAUACCUGGUGCCCACAACAAUUUUUGAUAUCCGUAUCACAUUUAUUCAAGUUACACCUACAGUACCAAAGAAACACUUGUAUAAUUUACUCAUUAACAAUAGCUAUCAAGGCAGUUCUUCAC